GUCACUCUUUGUCCCUUCUUCGAAGGACCUCCUUCCCUUUCAGUCUCUCUCCAGCUCAAGCAGUCAGAGUCUCUGUCCGUCUCCCCGCCCGACAACCAAACCAAAUCAUGGCGCAGCUCUCAUCAGACUCCGAUCAGGCGCUCUUCCACUACAGCCUCCUCUCUCUCCUCCUCAUCGGGCCGCCCACCUUCAUCUCCCUCCGCUUCCUCCAAGCCCCCUACGGCAAGCACCACCGCCCCGGGUGGGGACCCAACCUCCCGGCCUCCCUCGCCUGGUUCCUCAUGGAGAGCCCCACCCUCUGGCUCACCCUCCUCCUCUUCCCCCACGGCCGCCACUCCUCCCACCUCCGCCCCCUCGCCCUCAUCUUCCCAUUCCUCCUCCACUACUUCCACCGGACUGUCGUCUACCCACUCCGCAUCAGCCGCGGUGCCUCCGCCGCCUUCCCCGCCUCUGUCGCCCUCAUGGCCUUCGCCUUCAACCUCCUCAACGCAUACGUCCAGUCCCGAUCCGUGUCUAACUACAGGGACUACGAAGGAGACCGGUGGUUCUGGUGGAGGUUCCUGGCGGGGGCGGCGGUGUUCGCCGUGGGGAUGGCGGUGAACUUGCGGUCGGAUCUGGCACUGGUGAGGCUGAAGAGGGAGGGGAAGGGGUACAGGAUCCCGAGGGGCGGGUGGUUCGAGGCCGUGAGCUGCCCCAAUUACUUGGGGGAGGUCGUGGAGUGGCUGGGCUGGGCCGUGAUGACGUGGUCGUGGGCCGGGCUCGCGUUCUUCUUGUACACGUGCGCCAACCUGGUGCCCCGCGCACGUGCCAACCAUCAAUGGUACUUGGAGAAAUUUGGGGAGGACUACCCAAGAGACAGAAAAGCUGUGAUCCCAUUCUUGUACUGAUUGGCUUUUAAUUCUCUUAUUAGACAUUUUGCGUGCCUUUUAUUUUGUCAAUCAAGUCAAAUCUUCUUAGGAAUCCACAAAAACCCAUGAGUCUUUACAAAUGUAUUUGAUUUUAGAAUUAAGUAGAGUUGAAUUUUGAUUUUAAUUCAGUUGUAAUGAUUGUGUUGUUGAAUGAUAAGAAAAAAGUAUAAAAAA